AAUUGUCAUUGAAGCCGCUUCUCAUUCCCCCACCCUACUAUAGUUGCCCGACUUUCGCUCGGGUAACGGUUUGUUUCCCAGCUGUCACUCAUAAGAAGGGUUUGCUAUAUAAUCUAAAACAGUUGCCUUUCACCGCUCUCCUUAAAGUCCUUUCCUCCCUAACCUCACCUCCCUAUACCCCGUCUCUAGUGCUUGUCAAAGUGCAAUUCAGACAUGACCGUCACUAAAGUUCUUCCAGAAUGCUGGGGUCACCGAGGAGCUUCAGCAGCUUUUCCAGAGAACACACUCGCUAGCUUUGAAGCCGCCAUCAAUGAUGGGGCAGAGGGCAUCGAGAGCGACGUUCAUGUGUCGUUGGACGGCGUCGUCGUAAUGUUCCAUGACCCGGAUCUGGAGAGGACCACAGGAUCAAAAGGCUUAAUCAGGGAACGGCAUUGGUACGGCAAAGAUGGAAUGGAACACCUCCGCACUAUCAAGCAACCUCAACAAUGUAUCCCCACGUUCGCGCAGACUAUCGCUCUUUUGAUGAAACCCGAGAAUCAGCACGUCAAGUUUAACGUCGACGUCAAAGUUCAGAAUGAUCCUGACCGUCUCUUCUCGCUCAUGCAUGAUAUUAUCUCAACGCAGCCAGAUUGGGAGACGAAGUUAGCUCCCCGUAUUCUGCUGGGCCUUUGGCAUCCGCGUUUCGUGGCUUUUGCGAAAGCGAGAUUACAAUAUUGCAGGCGUUCGCACAUCGGUGUGAGCCUUUCUAUUGCGCGGAAAUAUUUCUGGGAUGGCGUAGAGGUUUUUUCAAUGGCAUUUGCCUCUUUGACUACCUAUGAUGGCCAGAAAUUCCGGAAUGAGUGCAAGGCUGCGGGCAAGAAGAUUAUGGUAUGGACAGUGAAUGAGCCAGAGCACAUGAUGGAGGCUGUGCGAUGGGGCAUUGAUGUCAUUCUCACGGACGUAACGAAGAAGUGGCUCGAACUGCGUGCCGCUCUUCAAGUCAAUUAUGACUCUAUCUUGUCGCAGUACAGCCGACUGUUCCUCUGGACGACCUGGAAGUUUUAUCUGCCCCCUAUCUUGGCAAAUAGAGCGGCAAGAAUGUACCUUGAAUGUGCUGCAGGUCCUUUUGAUGAUUUUGCACCACCCGAGCCGUCUGUGACUGUGGUAGCAUGAUGGAUUCUUGGAGAGCGCAUCAUAAUUUACCAUUGACAAUUUUUAGAUAGAUCCGGGUUUGACGGGGCUUGCUAUUACGUCUAUUACUGAUGACUUGAGCUGUAAGGUAUAGAAGCAGAUAUAUAUCCGAUGAUGCAUUGUUCUGUUGUCAGACAAGCGAUUGUACAUAUAUGAUUGAUUGGCGGCAUACUUGGUCAGAUGGCUUUAUUGUGU